AUGGGAACUAUCUCGCAAGAUCAUGCCAAGUUGGACUCAGACACAAUUGCAGAUGCCAUUAGGCCGUUGGUGGAAGCAGAUCCGUCCAUAAAGGUGAAGUCUAUUAUUGCAGAAGUUCAGUCAAAGUUCAACUACACUAUCAGUUACCGCAAGGCUUGGUUGGCAAAGCAGAAAUCUGUCGCAAAAGUUUUGGUGGUUGGGAGGUUCUUACAGACUCUGCCAAUUUGGCUGAAAGCAAUGACUGCAAAGAUGCCAAGGUCUCGUGUUCAAAUAAAGACGCUCCCUGUUUACCGUGAGAGUGAGGAGGUUCAAGGUGUAAGAGUUCUUCAUCGCGUUUUUUGGAGCUUCUAUCCGUGUAUAGUAGCAUUCCGACACUGCAAGCCACUGGUGCAGGUUGAUGGCACACACCUAUACGGUAAAUAUAAAGGUGCGCUUCUAGUUGCCGUUGCACAGGACGGGAACCAGAACAUUGUGCCUAUUGCGUUUGCAAUAGUCAAGGGUGAGACGGCAGACGCGUGGGAGUUUUUCCUAAGCAACCUGCGGAGAUAUGUUGUUACCAUCGAUGGCGUCGGCAUUAUUUCUGACCGCCAUAACUCCAUCGACGCAGCAAUAGCUCGCAGCAACGGUGCAUGGUCACCGCCAAGAGCGUGGCACAUGUACUGCAUCAGGCACAUCGGUUCCAACUUCUUAAGGAGGUUCAAGGCUCCGUAUUUGCAUAAACUCGUGGUUAACACAGGAUAUUCUAGGACGGAGCAAGAGUACAACAAAAACUACCAAAGGCUGAGAGAGCGGGCUGAGGCGUAUGCGCAAUGGUGUGAUGAGAUCGGUGUUCAGAGAUGGGUGUUGGCAUUCGACGGGGGUCAUCGUUGGGGACAUAUGACGACAAACUUGGUAGAGUGCAUAAAUUCUGUCCUGAAGGGUGCACGCAACCUUCCUGUGACUGCCAUUGUCAGGUCUACUUUCUAUCGGUUGAACGAAUUGUUCACUCGGAAGAGCGCCGAGGCUCAUGAGCGUGUCCGCAAUGGAUUCACAUAUUCAGAAUUUGCCACCAAAAGAGUCGAAGAAAGUUUUCGACGUGCAGGCAACAUUGUGGUCAAUAGGUUCGACAGGCGCAACGAGAUGUUUGAGGUUCGCGAAAUGCAAGAUGGUUCCAUUCACACUGUUAAUCUCGCGCAACGACACUGCGAUUGUGGCCAUUUCCAGGUCGAGCGACUCCCAUGCCGCCACGUCCUUGCAUGUUGCGCCAACCAGCGUCUUGAUUGGCAAAUAUAUGUGCAUGAUGUGUACAAAAUGUCCGAAAUUUGCAAGGUCUACAGAGGCGAGUUUGUCCCGAUGGGUGACCCAUCUACGUGGGCUCCGUAUGAAGGAGCGAAGGUGAUCGCGAAUUGGACAUUGAGGCGCUCGACGAAAGGAAGACCCAAGUCAACCCGCUACUUGAAUGAGAUGGAUUCGCGGGACAUGCGUCGUCCUCGCCGGUGUACUAUUUGUGGACGGGAGGGACAUAGCCAGAGUCGAUGUCCGCAGCGCGCAGAAUCAAGCUCUGCCAGGAAUCAAGCUUGA